AUGACAGCCCCGGGAAGAGAGAGAAGCUCCCCGCAGCAUCCCGUUCGACAAGCGAAGGGAUGCACGGCGAGUCUGUAUGCGGUUUUGGUCGCACUAUGUGUGUUAUGCUACAGCAACUCUAUCCAUGGCGAGUUGGUGCACGACGAUGUUUGGGCUAUUAUCAACAACCCAGACGUCCGACCGACUUCAAGUCUCCAAAACAUCUUCCGGAACGAUUUUUGGGGCAAGAGGAUGUCUGAUAAUUCCAGCCAUAAAUCCUACAGGCCGUUUUGCAUCCUGACCUUUAAGUUGAAUAUCCUUCUGGGUGGAAUGACACCGGUGUACUUCCACAUGGUCAACGUGUGUCUGCACUGCGCUGUAACCUGCUUGCUGAUGCGCACCUGUAAGCUGUGUGUGUUUGAAGAAUCACAUCUGGCCUUCAUCACAGCCGUCCUGUUUGCAGUACACCCUGUCCACACAGAGGCGGUCUCCGGCAUCGUGGGUAGAGCUGACGUAUUAGCUUGUCUUCUCUUCUUGCUAGCUUUUCUUUCCUAUAUAAGAAGUGUUGGUGUGAUGACGUCUGAAGACUCGACACCCUGUACGGCGUCAGCAGGGUCUUUGCUCAUCAGUUUGCUCCUGGGGACCUGCGCCAUGUUGGUGAAGGAAACUGGCAUUACUGUGUUCGGCGUGUGCAUGUUCUACGACGCCCUCGUGCUCUGCGGCAAGCAGCUUUUCAGUCACCUGUCUGGAUCUGGCGUUAGACAACUUGUUCAUAUCUGGAAACCCUUCUUUAAGCGAGCCUUUGUGGUGACUACUUAUGUAUUGGCCAUUUUAUCAAUCAGACUGUGGUUAAUGGGAGGUUCGAUGCCUCUUUUCUCUGAACAGGACAAUCCUGCAUCCUUUGCACCUUACUUGCUUACUAGAGUUUUGACAUACUCUUACCUACUGUACUUCAACACCUGUUUGCUGCUGGCCCCCAUUGUACUGUGCUACGACUGGCAAGUGGGUAGUAUCCCUCUUGUUGAGUCACUGACAGACAUUCGCAAUCUGGCCACCGUGUUGCUCUCUGUGGUGAUGUUUGCCCUCUGCCGCCAUUGCGUCCAUUCGCUGAAGAAACGAAAGAACGAAGUGUUGAUGGGAAUCUUGUUUUUAGUAUUUCCUUUCAUUCCUGCAAGUAAUCUAUUCUUCAGAGUGGGAUUUGUUGUGGCUGAAAGGGUCCUCUACAUGCCAAGUAUGGGUUACUGUAUCCUGGUGGUUCAUGGAUUUAGUCGGCUGGUUUCUUUGGCUGGCCGUUGGGGCACCACGUUCCUCAGUGCCUCAAUGCUGUUGCUGCUGCUGCUCUUCUCCUGCAAGACUGUUCAGCAGAACAAAGUCUGGCUUUCCAGGGAAGCCCUCUUCAGUUCUGGUAUCUGGACUCUGCCACAUAACGCCAAAGUCCAUUACAACUACGCCAACUACCUGAAGGACAACACUCGACACCAAGAAGCCAUUUACCACUACAGCAUCGCUCUCAGGUUGUACCCCCGCCAUGCCAGUGCGAUGAACAAUCUUGGCACUCUGACGCACAAUCCAGAGGAGGCUGAGCGCUACUACAGGAGAGCACUGGAUAUCAAUCCUCAGCAUAAUCGAGCACUCUUCAACCUGGGAAAUCUUCUCAAGUUACAGGGGAAGGAGAAGGAAGCGGAGACAUUGUUGUUGGACUCUAUACACUAUGGUCCACAUUUUGCAGAUGCUUAUUCCAGUCUUGCUUCACUCUAUGCUGACCAGAAACGCUAUCCCGAAGCCCAUGAAAUGUAUCUAAAAGGUAUAGAGAAUUGUCCUGACAACUCAGACCUGCAUAACAACUAUGGUGUAUUUCUGGUGGAUACUGGAAAGGAGGAGCUGGCAGCUGCUCACUAUCAGCAAGCAAUACAACUCAAACCAUCUCACUACGUUGCCAUGGUGAACUUGGGCCGUCUUCUCCGCUCCUCCAAUUUGAACAAAGAGGCCGAGUUCUGGUAUAAGAGAGCACUUCAAGUGACAAGAACGGUGGAGAUCCUCGCACCACUUGGGGCACUUUACUACAACACGGGGCGCUACGAUGCAGCGCUGCGUGUUUACAGAGAGGCUGUUAGCCUACAGCCGGAAAACACCGACAUAUGGCUAGCACUGGCACAGGUGUUGACUAUGGCCGGUCAUACGAACGAAUCGGAGAAAAUGACCCGUGACAUAAUUUCUAGAGGGAACAGCUGCAUUGAAUGUUACCGCCUCCUGUCUUCCAUCUAUAGCAAACAUGGCAACCAUGCCGAGGCUCUUGAAGCUCUGAACGGGGCUCUCCAGCUGAAUCCUAAUGAUCUCGCAGUGAAAGCGGAGUUAUAUUUCUCCAAAGGGAACCAGCUACGAGAGAUGAACCAGUUGGACCUAGCUUUUGAGAGCUAUAAAUUAGCUGUGGAGCUCAAACCUGAUCAAUCACAAGCCUGGAUGAACAUGGGAGGGAUUCAACAUAUUAAGGGAGACUAUGCAGCAGCUCGGAUGUACUACCAGAGAGCCUUGAAUCUAAAUCCCGGUUCCAAACUACUAAAAGAGAAUCUGGAGAAGCUGGAUCGGCUCGAGAAGAGGAUAACAGGGGUGCCGUAG